CCUAAGCACUAUUGUCGCGUACAUGACAUAACUGCCCAAAUGGACAGUAGUGUUGAAAUACAAGAGUUUGGAAAUGUAUAUCACGUGAAUGAAAGCCAUUGGUUUGCUAUUACAGGCAGUUGGGUGCAAUACAAAUGUAGACAUGAUAAUUCAUUACCAGUGGGCAGUGCAAUAAGUACAUGUUUAUCUAACAAUACCUGGAGCUCAAAAAGUCCAUUUUGCAUACCUGCCCAUAGUUUUAUGUCAGAGCACAUACUAUAUAUAAUAAUCGGAGGACUGUUUACAAUCUUAAUAGCACUGCGGUUGAACAAAAAGUUAUGCAAAACACGUGAGGAGAUUGAGAUGACUGUCCAAAGACAGAUAUCCCACGAAGUUUACGCCGACGAUACCGAUGAUAUGCCUUGCAAUAAUUACGGAGACUAUAGUGAGGUUAACCUGGAAGUCGAUGACCCGGAUUAUAAAAAUCUGAAGUCAUCCAUACCGAGAAAUUUUGCG